AUGCAAGGGGCAUGGGCAGGGGCGUACAGCGGCCAAUCCACCUUCGUGGAGCUGCCGCCAGAGUUUUAUUCUUUUGACGUUUCUUUUUUGUGCAACCGGCUGGCGAUCAGGCUGACAGCAAAGCCAGCAGGAGCUCCGUUGUUUGCUGCUGCGGGGGGGGAAGACCCCGCUGCUGCUGCUGCUGCUGCUGCUGCUGCUGCAGCAAGCCGCACGGGAACGCAGUCGGCUGCUGCUGCUGCUGCUGCUGCACCAAAUGCUGCUGCAGCAGAAACUCUUGGUGAUGUUGAACUACCUGGGUGGUGCGAAGGUGACCCCGCUCUGCUGCUGCUGCUGCAUCGUGCUGCUCUUGAGAGCAGCAACUGCAGCGGCGCGCUGCACCGAUGGAUAGACCUCAUUUUCGGAUACAAACAGACGGGGCAGGUAGGGCUGACAGCAAAGCCAGCAGGAGCUCCGUUGUUUGCUGCUGCGGGGGGGGAAGAUCCCGCUGCUGCUGCUGCUGCUGCUGCUGCAGCAGCAAGCCGCACGGGAACGCAGUCUGCUGCUGCUGCUGCUGCUGCUGCACCAAAUGCUGCUGCAGCAGAAACUCUUGGUGAUGUUGAACUGCCAGGGUGGUGCGAAGGUGACCCCGCUCUGCUGCUGCUGCUGCAUCGUGCUGCUCUUGAGAGCAGCAACUGCAGCGGCGCGCUGCACCGAUGGAUAGACCUCAUCUUCGGAUACAAACAGACGGGGCAGGAGGCUCGUGCUGCUAACAAUAGGGUUUAG